AAUUUACAUGUCCAUUCAUGACAAGCAGAAAAACUAAUAACAUUCUAAAAUUUCAUUUGCAUAAACUGUUUGUGUAGGGAAUGUCUGGAGUCUCAGGGGAGAAUGGACCGAAAGGCCCGAAGGGUUUUCAAGGUCAUUCGGGAAACAGGGGACAGGAUGGAGCUCUUGGAGCCCUGGGCCCCAUUGGUGAAAAUGGAAUGAAUGGGGACACUGGAACCUUAGGACCCAAAGGAUUACCUGGGAAGACAGGAGCACCUGGCCUCCAAGGACAUGUAGGGAAGAGUGGGGAAGCUGGCAGUAGAGGAAGGAAGGGGACACUAGGAAAACCAGGAGAGAGAGGUAUUAAAGGGAAAGAAGGUCCCAGUGGACUUCCAGGGGGUGAAGGACUAAAGGGUAAGAAUGGCGAGGAAGGACCAAAGGGAAAACAAGGCACCCCAGGAGAGAGGGGCAUGUCUGGACCACAGGGAUACAGAGGACCGGCUGGUAUUCAGGGUAACAUUGGACCAUGGGGUGGGAUUGGGCCCCGGGGCAUUCCAGGUGACCGAGGGCCACAAGGUCCAGUUGGCCCUCGUGGAGUUACAGGUUACCCAGGUAAAGAUGGAACCCAAGGACCAACGGGAUCAGCUGGUGUCAAAGGAGACAAGGGAUCAACAGGGGCUUUGGGGCAGGAGGGAGUUGCUGGUCUCGAUGGUGAGGAGGGUCCAGUUGGACUGAGGGGACCUGAGGGCCCAAGUGGACAAAGAGGAAUAUCUGGUGAUAAGGGGAACCUUGGACGUCCUGGACAGAGACGGCCAAAGGGAGCUGAAGGCGACACAGGCAAUCAAGGGCCACAGGGAACAAAGGGGUCACCAGGGAAACAGGGAUACAGGGGUGCAGCAGGAGACAGAGGAAAACAUGGGGUUCCAGGGCUCAAGGGAGAACCAGGCGCCAGAGGUCCAUCAGGCAUGCCUGGACGUUUUGGACCAGGGGGCAACACCGGGACAGCAGCAGACAAAGGCCAGAGGGGGCUCCAGGGACAAACUGGCGCCCCUGGUAGUAUAGGUCCCCCUGGACAAAUGGGACCAUCAACAACAGGUCUGCCAGGCAAAAGAGGCAUUGAUGGCAAAACUGGAAUCCCUGGGUUUAAGGGCAGUCACGGUGAGAGGGGCAAACUCGGUCUCGCAGGCAUCACAGGAGACACGGGCAUAAGAGGCAAAGCGGGUGCAAAAGGAGAACCUGGAACACGAGGCAAAGCAGGGGAACUGGGGAAAACAGGAUUCACUGGCUCUCCAGGUGGUAAAGGUCGACCUGGACCUGCUGGUCCUCCUGGGCUUCCAGGAAGUAAAGGACUUCAGGGACCAAAGGGAAAAAGAGCCCAUCCUGGAAGGAAAGGGAAUAAGGGGGGCCCUGGGAAAAUUGGAGAAGAAGGACGGCCAGGGAGACCGGGACCUGCUGGAAGACCUGGAAAACCCGCAAGUAUCCCUUUUGACAGAUGCUGUAAAAUUCACACAUUUACAUAUUUAUAUAUACUGCAUUUGUAUAUACCUCAUUUCAUGUAUUAAAUUAUUAUUAUAUAUUGUAUUCUAGCACACUAGAAAGUUAAAUAGAGGAAUGUGUGGAUGAUUACUGUUUUAUUUUUUUUGUGAUUAAACUUUCAGGGCCUGAGUGGAUUGGAUGGGUUACUGGGGGUUGAGGGUAAUGAGGGAGAUCCGGGUGAUGUUGGUUUCAGAGGAGCACCUGGAGCUCUCGGCUGGUCUGGCAAGACAGGGAAACCUGGGCCUCCUGGGAUCAGGGGAAACACUGGAGCAGGAGGGUUAAA